CCUGAGUUUAAGCAAUAUUAAUUUAAAUUCAGUUGACAAUUGGUUUAAAACAAGAUGGAGUCUGAUUCAAGAUUUACAAAAAUUGCUAAAGACCCUCGCUUUAAGAGGAUGCCAAAGAAAGAACGAAAAAUUAAAAUUGAUUCAAGAUUCGAGAAAAUGUUUACUGACGAUAGGUUCCAUGUUAAAUCAACUGUUGACAAAAGAGGAAAGCCUGUGAAAGAUGCAGAAAGAGAAGACUUACAUAAAUUUUAUGAGAUGGAGGUUGAAGGGAAAGAUGAUGAAAAUAAAAAUUUGUCUAAGACAGCAAGCCUUGAUGGUGACAGUGUAGUUAAAACGUCAAGUAAAAAGAAAAUAUCAAAAGAAAGUAGUAGUAAAAAGAAAAAGACAAAAGAAGAAGCAACCCUGUCAGAAGAGUCAGAUACUAGUAUUAAUUUUGAGGAUAUCCGUGGUAAAGGUGCAGCCAAGAUAGAGUAUGACUCAGACAUAUCGGAAGAAGAAGAAAUUGAUUUUGACGACCUAGAAGAGGGAAUUGUGCAUGGAUGGGGAAAUUUGGAUGAAGAUGCUAAACGAAUUGAAAAUGCAGAAACGUCAAGAUUUGCUGUAUGUAAUUGUGACUGGGAUAAAAUCAGUGCUAGUGAUUUAUUUGUUCUUUUCAAUUCUUUCAAACAGGCAAGUGGCACGGUGAAAUCUGUUAAAGUAUAUCCGUCAGAAUAUGGCAUUGAAAGGCUACGAGAAGAAGAAUUAAAAGGUCCUGAAGAAAUGAAACAAACACUUCUGGAUGAUAAAGAAGAAAGCAGUGACAAAACUGAAGGAUCACAAUUUCACAUGGAAAAGUUACGGGAGUACCAAUUGAAUCGAAUGAAAUAUUAUUAUGCUGUGGUGGAGUGCGAUAGCAAAGAAACAUCAGCAACAAUUUAUGAAGAAUGUGAUGAUAUGGAGUAUGAGAUGAGUGGGACGAGAAUGGAUUUAAGAUUUAUACCUGACGAUAUGACGUUCGACCGAGAACCGAAAUCUGUCGCGACAUCUAUGCCCAACAUUAAACACUACCAACCGUCAAGUUUUUUAAACACUGCUUUGCAACAAAGUACUGUACGUUUAACAUGGGAUGAGACGGAUCCGAGGAGACUGGAAAGCACUAUGAGAAAAUUCACGAAAGAAGAUAUCGAAAAUAUGGAUUUUAAGGAUUACCUUGCAUCAUCGUCUGGCGAAGAAGAAAAUGAUGCAGAAAAUGACGAUGUAGGAAAAACAGAGGAUAAAGAGGCUGUAAACGAAGUUGGUUCAAACUCCGACGAUGAUGAUGACGAUCAAGAAAUGCGAAUUAAGAAAUACAGGCUUCUUAUGAAAGAGAUCGAAGAAAAGGAAACAAAGGAGGAGGGUGAAGCAGAAGGCGACGGUGGAAACAUGCAAGUCACGUGGACACCAGGUUUAAGUGAACUUACUGAAAGUAUUAUUGAUAAAAAGGACAAUGAAUUAAAGAAAAAAGAGAAAAAAAAUAAACGAAUAGAAGAUGAAUCAGAUCCUGAUAAGAAUGUCAUGAGUGACGAUGAUAUUGACAGUGACAAUGUUGACAGUAACGAUAAUAAUGACGGUGGUGAGAAAGAUAUCGGAUUUGAUGACCCUUUCUUUAAAACUGCCGAAAGUGAUAUAAAAAAGAAGAGAAAGAAAAAGAAGAAUAAGAAUAAAAUGAAGUACUUUGAAGAAAAUAUGACUGAAGAGGAAAAAAAGAACAAGAAAGAGUUAGAGUUGCUACUCCUGGACGAAACAGAAGACAAACAGCAUUUCAACCUGAAGUCAAUUCUCGAGCAAGAAAAGCUGAAAAAGUCUAAGAGGAAGAGAACGAAAGGAAAGCAAUUAGAGGAGGAUCAUUUCGAAGUUAAUGUGAAGGAUUCCCGCUUCAACGCAUUGUACUCAUCGCACUUGUAUGCUAUCGAUCCUUCUGAACCGAACUUCAAAAAAACAAAAGCCACAGAAGCUAUUCUGAAAGAAACACAAAGGAGAAGAGCGGAAGAUGCUAAAGAAAACAAAAAUAAUUCAAAAAACAUUACAUUAGAAAGUUCACCCGUCACGUCUAGUUUAUCGGCUCUCGUAAAAUCUGUCAAAUCCAAGACACAGUCACAUAAAUUGUCAAGAAAACAGAAGAAAGUAAAGUAGCUUGUAUAGAAGUAAAAAUGUGCUCCCUGGUGGAGAGAGGAAUAUAUAAAAUUUUACCAUUUAA